AUGAGUGCCCUGAGAACUGUCGUCACCCUCCUGCUCUGGGGGCAGCUGUUUGCAGUGGAAAUUGGCAAUGAGGCCACAGAUAUUGCAGAUGACGGCUGCCCAAAGCCCCCUGAGAUUGCAAAUGGCUACGUGGAACACUUGGUUCGCUAUCAGUGUAAGACAUUCUACAGACUGCGCUCUGAGGGAGACGGACUGUACACUCUCAACAGUGAGAAGCAGUGGGUAAACAAGGCCAUUGGGGAGACCCUUCCUGAAUGUGAAGCAGAUGACGGCUGCCCAAAGCCCCCUGAGAUUGCAAAUGGCUACGUGGAACACUUGGUUCGCUAUCAGUGUAAGACAUUCUACAGACUGCGCUCUGAGGGAGACGGUAAGACCUGGAUGAGGGUCUCCAUCCUCCUCUCAUCUGCCCCACUAGCCUCCCAGCAUUCUCAUGAUGAAUGGGACCAUGAGCGACUAGCCAAAAAGUUCACAUGCUGUGUUUGGAUGUGUGGAAAGCCUAAGAACCCAGUGGCUCAGGUGCAACGGAUCAUCGGUGGGUCACUGGAUGCCAAAGGCAGCUUCCCCUGGCAGGCGAAGAUGGUGUCUCGUCACAACCUCAUCACGGGGGCCACACUGAUCAGUGAAAAAUGGCUGCUGACCACAGCUAAAAACCUCUUCCUGAACCAUACCGCUGAUGCAAAAGCCAAGGACAUCGCACCGACUUUAAAACUCUACGUGGGGAAAAAUCAGCGCGUGGAGAUUGAGAAAGUGGUUCUCCACCCUGACUACUCCAAGGUAGACAUUGGGCUCAUCAAACUCAAACAUAAGGUGCCAGUAGGAGAGAGAGUAAUGCCCAUUUGCCUACCUUCCAAGGACUAUGCGGAAGAGGGGCGUGUGGGCUAUGUGUCUGGCUGGGGGCGGAAUUCCAACUUUAAUUUUACUGAGCACCUCAAGUACGUCAUGCUGCCCGUGGCUGCCCAGGACAAGUGUGUACAGCAGUACGAAGGCAGCACAGAAGCGGAAAAGAAGGAACAAAAGAGCCCUGUUGGGGUGCAGCCCAUACUGAACGAACAUACCUUUUGUGCGGGCAUGUCCAAGUACCAGGAAGACACUUGCUAUGGCGAUGCGGGCAGCGCCUUUGCUGUCCACGACCAGGAUGAUGAUACCUGGUACGCAGCCGGGAUCCUAAGCUUCGAUAAGAGCUGUACUGUGGCCGAGUAUGGGGUGUACGUGAAGGUGCCCUCCAUCCUGGACUGGGUUCAGAAAACCAUAGCUGAGAACUAA